AUGGGAGGAUCAAUCAUGUCUUCCAAGCAAGGUGGAAAAGCAAAGCCUUUGAAGCAGCCCAAGGCUGGAAAGAAGGAGUACGACGAGGCUGAUUUGGCUAACCUUCAGAAGAAAAAGGAUGAGGAAAAAACACUUAAGGAGCUUAGAGCCAAGGCUCAGCAAAAGGGAUCAUUUGGAGGUUGUGGAUUGAAGAAAAGUGGGAAGAAAUGA